GCCACAGCCACAGCCACAGCCAUCGGCACCGACCCUCAGCCCCGAGCCUCGCUGUCCCCGCCCGCCGGCAGCAUGGCUGAGGAAAAGUCUGACAAACCAUAUCUAGAAGAAAGUGCCUUCGAAGCACUGGAAAAAGACUCCCAAGAAUUCAUCAGUCUGCUUAAGAGAGAUGAAGCUCUGGAACAGUUCCGUUUGGAAUAUGAGAAGCUCCUUGCUGUUAUGAAGAAGUCUCGUGAAAAUGAAAAGCAUCUCAUGGGCAAAUGCAGGAAGCUGAGUGCUGAGCUUGUGGAGAAGUCAUCUAAAGUAGCAGUGCUCACAAAGCUCUCUAAAGAUGAUGAGGAAACUAUAUCAUCACUGAAGACGGAGCUUGAAAAGUCCUGGAAAAUGGUGGAUACAGCCUAUGAGAAGGAACAGAAAACAAAGGAAACAAUUCAUUCACUGCAAAAGGAAAUCGCACGCCUAAAUAAUUUAAUGAAGGAAAGAGCUGGACAGGAGUACAAUGUCGAGGAACUGCUAGAACUUCAAGAAGAGGUAACAAAGGAGCGAGAUGAACUGUUGUCAGAAGUUGUGAAGUUACGUCAAAGUCUUGCUGAAGUCACAGAGCAGCAGCAGGAAACAGAGAAGGCAAAAAAUGAGGCAGAGCAAUCUGUUCUGCAGCUUCAGCAAGACAUCCAGCUGCGUCAGAAUGAGGAACUACGAGAGGCUCGAAAGAAGGAAAAAAUGGAGAUUGAGCUGACAAAUCUUCUAGCUGAAAUGGAUAAAAAGCAAGAUGAGAUCCAGAACUUACAGCAGCAAAUAGAGAGAAACAAAGAGGAACAACUGAAAAUGGAGGUUCAUCUUAGAGAGCAGAAGAACUUGAAUGAAAAAGCUAGUAAGGAACUUGAGCAACUUAAGAUGAAAAAUCAGAAGCUCAUGCAAGAAAAUGAACAGCACAGUGCGAUGUUUGAUGAGGUGAUGAAGGAUGUCAGCCAGAAGACAACACAACUAAAGGAGAGAGAAGAUGAAGCAACUCAGAUGCGCCUUGAAAUUUCAAAGCUGAACAAAACGAGAGAUGUUAUCCAGAAUAAGCUGCGUGCUGCAGAGGAACAAAAAGUUGAUGCAGAAAAUGAAAAAGGCAUGCUAAAAAAUCAAAUAUCCAGACUGGAGAAAGAGUUAGAAUCAGCCAAAAAGCAGUCAGAGAUUGACAAGAGAGCUACAGAUGGGCUUAUGAGGGAAAGGGAUAUGCUAAACCAGAACUUGAUCAAGGCUACAAAUGCCACUCAGAAGCAGAUAAAUUUGGUGAAGCUCCAUGAACAGUCAAAACAGAACUUGGAAGCAGAAAUACAAAAUUAUAAGAUUGAAGCUCAGAAACAAAGGAAGAUUAUUUACCAAUUGGAAAAGGAGAGAGAUGGCUUCAUCAAUGAAACCAGUGAGCUCAAAGAGAAGGUCCUCCAUCAUAUGAAAGAUCUUGAAAUAUGUCAAGUACAGAUCUGCGACUACGAGAAAGAAGUACAAGUGCAAAUGAUUAAAUUAAAACAGCAGCAAAACAUUUGUGAAACUCUGAGAGCAGAGAGGAGCCUGUACAGUAAAAAUUUGAUUGAAGCUAAGGAUGAGAUAGCGGAUAUGAAGAUGAAACUGAAAACUUCAACACGUCAGCUGGAUCAGCUGAAGGAGGAGCUCAAAGACAAAGAUGUAGCCCUUGAGAAAGCACAUCUAGAUCAUCAGCAUUCAGAGGAGGAGAAGGAAUCAUUGAAAGCUGAAGUGGCUCAGAUGACAAGACAGGCUCUGGAAACCAAAACAUUCAUAGAAAAUCAGGAGGCAGAAGAGAGAAAACUCCUAAAUAUCAUUGCUGAAGCUGAUGCAGAGAGGCUGAAGCACACGAAGGAAUUUGACAAGGUGCUCAGUGAGAGACAUGCCCUGGCGACCCAACUUAUUCGUCGCAAUGAUGAAGUGGCUCUGCUCUAUGAAAAGAUAAAAAUCCAGCAGGCCAUCCUGAACAGGGGGGAGAGCGAGUACCGGCAGAGGGUGGAGGACAUCCGAAUUCUCAAGCUGGAGAUCAAAAAACUUCGGCGUGAGAAGGGAAUACUUGGCAAGAGUGCGGCUAAUGUGGAGGAGCUCAGAUUUGAGGUUAAUCAUAUGCAGAAGGAACUGUUAAAGGAACAAACUCGAUGCAAAAUUUUGGAAGAAGAACUGCAGAAGCCCUUGAAAGUUCACAGAUGGAGAAAAUUAGAGGCCAGCGACCCCACUGCCUAUGAGCUGAUUCAGAAAGUACAGAGACUACAGAAGAGGCUUAUAAGCAAGACAAGUGAAGUGAUAGAGAAAGAAUUUCUCCUUCAGGAGAAGGAGAAACUGUAUGUGGAGCUGAGGCAAGUCCUGGCCCGGCAGCCUGGGCCUGAAGCCACGGAACAGUUGCAGCACUACCGGCACAGUCUCCAGGAGAAGACUAGACAGCUCAAAGUUUUGUCCUCAGAACUGAAUAUGUAUGAAGCACAGAGCAAAGAAUACAAACGUGAAAUAGAAAGACUUAACAAUGAGCUUAACAAUGUGAAAAAGAAAUAUCUGGCUCAGAAACGCAAGGAGCAACAGAAAAAGGAGAAGGAGAGAUCUUGCCCAGAUACGAAGAGGAAAUUACCCCCCCUCAGGCCUGAUGAUGAACCUCACUUCAACAUAGGGGGCUUUCCUUUAACCAGACCCCUUCCCAAAAUUGCAGCCUAAGAAUCUACUCAUCUAGUCACAUUCCUGUUCCCAGUUUCUUGCUAAACCUUAUUUGUGGGUUAUUCGAGAAACUGUAAUUUUAAAAGAGAUUCAGAAUCUACUGAAAUCACUGUAUCACCUUCAGGAAAAUUUUAUAAAUUGUAUAUCAUAAAAUGCAUUUGCACAUUGGAAUUAUAUUUUAUAUUGCAUUUAUAUUUUGUAGUGCAUAUUAUAUUGCAAUUAACAUAGUUUUCUUUACAAACCAUGGACCAAAGCUGCCCAUUUGAUGCCAGUAGAAGCCUGCAGUGAUGUAAGUGAAUAGUAGAGAUAUUUCUUUUUCAAUAUUAUGCUUCUGUUUAGCACUGUAACACUACCAAAUGCCUUAAUAUAUAGUUAUUUCUCUUUUAUCUACCUCUGUUGUAAGCACUCAUUCCAUUUAUCUUCUGACUCAAAGCACCUGAAAAAAAAAAGAAAACAGAAAAGAAGAAAAAAUAAUAGGCUGCUGUUUCAAGCCCUGCUGAGCAAAUGCAAAAUUAACAAGUCUUUACUUAGAUGUACACAUGUAGCAGUUCUUUGUGUAGGUAGUAUAUAAUAGGGUUUAGGCAGUGUUUGCUGCAGUUGUUAGUAAGAUCAAGGAAGUUUGUGGCCACAAUGUACAUUAUUACGAGCACAAGUGUGUUUACUCUGGUAGAUACAAAGUGACAUAAUUAUGUCUCUUCAACUGGCGAGACUGUGCACACUGAGUGGGACAUGCUGUUCUCCACUUAAAUCCUUCCAAGCGAUUCAAACUUGGACUCAAAACAUGGCAAACUUUAUGCUUUAAUUUCUAGACACUCAGGCAUUUUUGUAACUUUCAGAAAUUGUUUUUGUAAUACAGCAGGAGCACUCCAACCUUUUCAGCCAAAAGAGAUUUAAUUACCAUUCAUUAACAAGUGAAAUAACAAAGUCACG